GUACCCACACACCCCCUCAAAGUAUAUUAUUGCUUAUUUCUAAAUUUAGUUUUGCGAUCAUUAUCAUUGUUUACAGGGAACUAGCGAACGAAGCUGAGCUCAAAACAAAGUCCUUCUUUCGUCGAAAACAUAGAAGAUUUCGUUCUUCUAGGUCGAGGAUUACACAAUGGGUAGUUUGGACGCUGGAGCUGGAAGAAUUCUCAAGAUUUUGGUGGUCUUCUUCAAUGUUCUAUUCUUCAUUUUUGGCAUAGCUCUGAUAGCCGUCGGGGCUUGGGCCGAGGUACAGUACGGUGAAUUCAUCGAAGUCUCAUCGGUGCCGUACGCGACAGGUUCUCGGCUUGUCAUCGCUGUCGGCGUCAUCAUUGCCAUCGUUUCGUUCUUUGGUUGCCUGGGAGCCUGGAAAGAGAACAGGUGCAUGCUGGGAACGUUCUUUGUCCUGCUGCUGAUCCUACUCGCCCUGGAAAUCGCCGCUGCCGUCCUCGCGUACAAUUACCGUGGCAAGGUAAAAGAUGAGAUCGAAUCUGACCUUACGAAAGCCUUGAAGGGAGACUACGGCUCCAGUGGACAGGAUGGUGUUACCAAGGCCUUCGACGCACUGCAAGAAAAGCAAAAAUGUUGCGGUGUGAACGGAUACUUGGAUUGGAAGGCAUCGAAGAAGUACAACGGCACUAGCACCGUCCCUGAUAGCUGCUGUGUGGUUAAGGCUGACGGCUGCGGUAAAGCCGUCAAUGGCAUAAACAAAGGGGGCUGCUUUAACAAGAUGGUGGAGGUUGUGAAAGACAAACUCGAUGUCAUUGGCGGAUUUGCUAUCACCAUGCUAGUAAUCCAGAUCUUGGGGACAAUCUUUGCUUUAGUUCUCAUAAUCAAGAUUGGCAAGACUGGCGAAUAUGCAUAGGCAGCUUCAGUUGUGUUUUUUGGAGUCGAUGACACAUAAAUAGCUUAAUAAGGAUAAAAACCUGAUAUUCUCAUGGUAUUCACACAACUUAGCCUAAACUCCACUGCAUAUGUGGACUUGCAAGUUGCUAUAUCAACUAAAUGCACACUUUUCAAAAGUUUUUUAGCUAGCCAUGAAACACUUUUUACUUAUGAAAAUAAUGAGUAAUAGAAUAUGAAUGAAGAAAAACCAUGCUGAUAGCAAAAGAUUUGAUAAUUAAACAAUGUUAUGCUCUGUAAAAUAUCCAAUUCCAGAGAAGAUCAAUUCCCCUUCAAUGGAUGGAAUUUUCUCUUGGGACCCCUACACCUCAGAGUCUAUACAGAAAACAAACAAGCUUUUCACAACCACCUCCUCCCACCCUGAAAUUUGGCACUCAAAGCCUGAAGCCCCUAAUUCAUACCUGUCAACUCUCCCACAUUAGGCACGAGUCUCAAGAUUUUGUUCCCCUUCUCACGCUCUCCCACGUUGAGCACCAAAUCUCCUGCUUUUUAGCAAUUUUUAUCGCUUCCAAAAAUUAUUAUAUAGAAAAUCUUCAUUUUGCCUAUUUUCUAUUAAAAUAUUUCAAACAAAAAUUCCCUUUCACAGCACAAUUUUUAAAAUACCCUAGUGAGAUCUAUAGGUAGAUUUGUUUGUGAAAGCUUUCUAUAAAGCAAAUGCCUGCCAGGUUAUACCCACCAUACCCCUCUAAAAAUAAAUAUAGCCCACCCCUCCUCCCUAAAAAAUUCUAAAUCCUUGAGAUUUUCGGAGGUUGACAGGUAUGCUAAUUUCCUCUUUGGGGAUUUUUUACUGAAAUCCCACAAUGUACUGGAGAAUUUAAUGCAACAAAACCAAUGUCAUUUAAAUGUCAUAUAAAUAAUAAAAAUACAAUUAUAGAGCAAAUGAAAUAAAAUUUACACUUCUUUACA